CAGCUGCGGGGCGGUGCUGUGUCCCAGGGGGCGGCAUCGCCUUCAAGGAUGUCGGGAGAAACGAGCCGUGAGGCCCGGCACCGUGUAAGCCAUCCUUAUCUGGAUUAUAAGGGAUUACAGGGGUGCGAGUUCUGCUUCUACCAGUUCUGACACAACAGUAUCUCCGUGCUCCCAUGGCUGACUGCCAGCCUACAGCCACCCACAGCCAAACGCUGUCACUGCUAUGAGCCCGACUGAUAAACCUGCAUGGAAACAGCGCUGUGAGGGAAAGCACAUGCUGUUAUUGUCCUGGCCGAAGAAGUUACCAAGUAAUGAUGAGAACACUGCACAAAGCUCGACUUCAAGCUCUGAUUAGAUAACAGGGGCAAUGCUAGUAAUGCUUUUUCACAGCUCCUUGACAUUUAAAUACUUGAGCUGCAGGUGAGUGUGCCUCUGAACCAAACAUUUACGAUCCUUACUGCAGGUUCCAUGUAACUCCCUUUUCAAACACCUCCACUGUCAGCAGAAAUCCUCCCUGAACCCCCUGCAGGUCCAUGAGCUCAGCAGUGCCCGGACCUUCCACUGCAACACAGCUCCCAGUGUGGAUGUCACCAUGACAGUGAGCGAUGCAGGAUCACUGCAGGCAGGAAAGGGAGAAAGGCAGACUUCUAUCAGCCUCAUUUUUGGAGCGUUGGGUUCGAUAAAUAGUGAAGUUACAACCACUGUGGAGAAACAGGCUCCUAAUGUAAGCUCCUCGGGAAGCAGCGCGGAGCACGGAGCGGCCUUUCCGUGCCGGCCGAACCCGGCAGCGCUGCGCUCCCACCCCCCCCGUCCGAGCGUCGCUUCCGCAUCCGGAGCGUCGGGCGCGGCCUGCGGAGCCGUGCGGAGCCGGGCGGUGCCGGCCGGGUCUGAGCCUGACGGAGAGGCGGCCAUGAGCGGAGCGGAGGAGGAGGAGAAGGCGGCGGGGAGCGUGUCGGGUGCCAGUGAUGCCUCCCCAGAUGAAGGAGUCGAAGCGGAUCUGCCCAUUAUAGAUGACAGAGCAGUGGAGAAGCUGACUGAGGGGCUGAUCUCUCACUAUUUGCCUGAUCUUCAGAGAUCCAAAUCAGCCCUGCAGGAACUUACACAGAACCAAGUGGUAUUACUAGAAACGUUAGAACAAGAAAUUACAAAAUUCAAGGAGUGUAACUCCAUUCUUGAUAUCAAUGCCUUGUUUUCAGAAGCUAAACACUAUCACAGCAAGUUAGUGAAUAUUAGGAAUGACAUGAUGAUGCUCCAUGAGAAGACAUCUAAGUUAAAAAAAAGAGCACUCAAACUACAACAAAAGAGGCAGAAAGAAGAACUGGAAAGAGAGCAGCAACGUGAGAAGGAGCUAGAGAGAGAGAAGCAGCUAACAGCAAAACCUGCAAGGAGGACAUGAAAGCAGAGCGUGCAACAACUUGUCCAAAUAAAUCACUUCUGCAUUCUCUGGAGUUAAGGCAAACUUUGAUUAAGCCAGACUGUAGUUAUUACUAACAACAGUCUACUCUCAUGCUGUAAUUUCCAGAAUGAUAAUAAUCAGUGGGUAACAUUCAAGUUUUUCACUUUGGUCAUUCAGGUUGCCUUCUUUUGUAAUGCUAUGCAGUUUGAUACUACUACAGUAUAAGUUAAUUUUUAUAUAUAAAUAUAAAUAUGUAUAUUGGAGAACCUAGGCAUCGUGGGUAUUUAAAUACCUAUAACUUUUUAAUGUGUUUCUGGGUCUUAGAAUUCUGAGAGCUGUUUGGUUAUUGGCAUAUAUAUUUUCCAGACAAAAUAUGGGGUUGUAGUUGUUAAAGUUCAGUUGUGGUACCUGGACUUCAGAGCCUGUUAUACUGAAUCUGCAUGGAUUCUGGCCGUUGUAAUUUCUUUUCAGUGCCAUUAGUCAUAAAUAUAGAUUGAUUUUUCUUUGUGUUUUUUUUUUUUCAGCCUUGAUUUAGUUGGUGGUUGUUUUCCUUUUGUUUGACUAAUUGAGGCAUAACCAGAGCUGAGCAUUGUCAUCUUCACAUGGAAUUCAGUUAUCUGUAGGAAAAGUUACUGCAUUUGCUUUUGUUCCAUUUAUUCUUGUGCAUUCAGGGGCUAUGUGAGCUAGCGUUGCAGGCUGUCCUUACUUAAAGUGAUUAUUAUUAAUGAACAUAAUGAUAAAUAUUGUAUGGGUGUUGAUAUCCAUUUCUCUGAAUUGAAUUACCUGCAGCACUUGGUGUGAACUCCCAUUCAAAUGAACGUACACAUUGUCUAGACUGGUAAAGGAGCUCUGGGCUGUUUGUGCCUACAGUCUAACACACCAACAUGUUGUCCCUAUUAUUUAAGUCAUAUGGUGGCACAUAUUGAAGUAAGAUGAAGGGCAAGCUUUGUAAAGCUUUCCAUACAACAAGUAUGAUAAGAUAUCCAAGCGGCACAGUCAACAUUACUUUCAUUUUUAGGUGGUUUAAACAUUGUACACCUGCCUGGACUCUGCUGUGCUGUAUCUUUCUGAAGUCCUAAUUUCUACUCGUAAAAUAUAUAUCUUUUUUUUCUUUGAAAGAUCUACUGUUAUGAGUAGUCAUCAGAACAUUGUUGCAGUUUACUUUGUGUGUUUGGAGCAAGGAGAACAAACGACUGGAGUAGUUUGAAAUGCCUUUUCUGAAGUAGUAAUAGGUUAAAACUGAAGUUGCCUUUUGUUCUGUCUUAAUUGCCAGUGGAUUGUUGGCCUGUGCUGUGGUUUAUGUGUAUUUCGAAAAGAAAUGUUAAAGAAUUUCUACAGUCCGUUUUUGGAGCAAAAUGUACAUUACUGAAUAUUAAGGUUUUUUUAAUUUUAUUUUAUAAUGUAACUUCAAAGUUAGUUUUUAGGAAUUUAAACAGUUCUUAUUAAAGCAUAACAUGAAACUA